CCCAAUCUGCCUGCUUCUCCCGGAAGUGGAGCUUCUACGCCGGAUUGCUGCUCCGCGCCGUAGCUCUAGGGGCGCGCGCUUUCGGAAAGGGGAGGAGGGGCCGCAAGGGACCCCCGUGGAUGUUGCAGGAAAGGAAAGGAGAAUCGCGAGCGAGGACAAAGAGGGCCUGCCUUCACCAGCAGAAUUCCCCAACCUGCCAAGGAUUUGAGACCCAUCAGCUAUCCUCGCCUGGUUCACCGGCUGGUUAAAGCCAUUCCUGGGAUUCUGGCUCCUGUUACACACUUAGAGCUUCUGGAAGCCACAGGACUUCGUUUCGGCCCACUCUGAGGAAGGUGAUGGAGAAGACAGUCAGAAUUCUAGGGGAUGGGGCACCUUUCGUUUCAUUAGGAAUAUCAAUUGAAAUGUGUGAAAUGUGGAAUAUGCUUCACUGAAUGAGCACACAUAGCUUACAUCAACAAACCCAAACAGAAGCCAUUUAAAUGUAUGGAGAGUGGAAAAAAUUUCAAUGAUAGUGGAAAACUUAGAACACACCAGUGGACUCACAUGGGCAAGAAAGGAUUCAAAUGCAGGGAGUGUGGGAAGAACUUCAGUCGGAGUGGACUCCUCAAUAUACAUCAACGCACCCACACAGGGGAAACACCAUUUAAAUGCAUGGAGUGCGGAAAGAGUUUUUGUGAGAAUGCAACCCUUAGAAUACACCAUCGGUCUCACACAGGUGAAAAGCCAUAUGAAUGCAAGGAGUGUGGAAAGAGCUUCAGUCAGAGUGGACACCGUAAUAUACAUCAACGGAUUCACACUGGGGAAAAACCUUUUAAAUGCAUGGAGUGCGGAAAGAGUUUUAGUGAGAAUGCAAACCUUAGAUUACACCAUCGGUCUCACACAGGUGAAAAGCCAUAUGAAUGCAAGGAGUGUGGAAAGAGCUUCGGUCAGAGUGGAAGCCUAAAAUUACACCAAAGGACUCACACGGGUGAAAAACCUUAUGAAUGCAAGGAGUGUGGGAAAAGCUUCAGUCAGAGUGGACACCUUAAAUUACACCAAAGGACUCACACGGGUGAAAAACCAUAUGAAUGUAUGGAGUGUGGGAAGAACUUCAGUGAGAGUGGACAGCUUAAAUUACAUGAAUGGACUCACAAAGGGGAGAAACCUUUUAAAUGUUUGGAUUGUGGGCAGAGCUUCCGUCGAUGUGAUACACUCAGAAUACAUCAACGGACUCACACAGGGGAGAGACCAUUUAAAUGUAUGGAGUGUGGAAAGAGCUUUAGUGUUGAUGGAACCCUUAAACUACAUCAACGGACUCACACAGGGGAUAAACCAUUUAAAUGUAUGGAGUGUGGAAAGAGCUUCAGUCAAAAGAGCCACCUAACUUUACACCAUCAAACUCACACAGGUGAGAAACCAUUUAAAUGUUUGGAGUGUGGAAAGAGCUUCAGUUGCAAUACAAGCCUUAGAUCACAUCAACGGACUCACACAGGAGAGAAACCAUUUAAAUGUAUGGAGUGUGGGAAGUACUUCAGUUACAAUGCAGGCCUUAGAUCACAUCAAAAGACUCACACAAGGGAGAAACCAUUUAAAUGUAUGGACUGUGGACAGAGCUUCAGUCAGAGUGGAAGCCUUAGAAUACAUCAACGGACGCAUACAGGGGAGAAACCAUUUAAAUGCAUGGACUGUGGAAAGAGCUUCAGUCGGAGUGGAAGCCUUAGAAUACAUCAACGGACGCAUACAGGGGAGAAACCAUUUAAAUGCAUGGUGUGCGGAACAAGCUUUAGUGAUGGUGGAAGCCUUAGAAAACAUCAACAUUUUCACACAGGGGAGAAACCAUUUAAAUGUAUGGAGUGCGGAAAGAACUUCAGUUUCAAUACAAACCUUAGAAAACAUCAACUGACUCACACAGGGGAGAAACCAUUUAAAUGCAUGGAGUGUGGAAAGAGCUUCAGUCAAAAUGGGCACCUAAAAUUACACCAUCUAACUCACACAGGUGAGAAACCAUUUAAAUGUAUGGAGUGUGGAAAGAGCUUCAUUCAGUUUGGAAACCUUAAAUCACACCAACGGAUUCACACAGGGGAGAAACCAUUUAAAUGUAUGGAGUGUGGAAAGAGCUUCAAUCAGAGUGGAAGCCUUAAAUUACACCAACGGAUUCACACAGGGGAGAAACCAUUUAAAUGUAUGGAGUGUGGAGAGAGCUUCAGUUGCAAUGCAACCCUUAGAUCACAUCAACGGAAUCACACAGGUGAGGGGAAACCAUUUAAAUGCAUGGAGUGCGGAAAGAGCUUCAGUUACACAUCUACCCUUAGAACACAUCAGCGGACUCACACAGGCAGGGGGGAAACCAUUUAAAGGUAUGGUGUACAGAAAAUGCUUCAGUCAGAGUGGAAAUCUUAGAAAACGUCGACAGACAUACAGGAGAGAAACAAUUUAAAUGUAUGGCAUGUGGAAGGAGCUUCAGUCAGUGGAACCCUUGAUUUACCUCAACAAACUCACACAAGAGACAAACCAUAUAAAUGUCAGGAAAGUCGACAGAGGUUCAGUCCUAGUGGAAGUCCUACAUCAAAAGACUCAUGGACAUGAAGAACUUUCAGAGUUGAAAUUCUAAAAACCAUCAACCCUCCAAGAGAAGAAGCUGUUUAAAGGGAAAGAUUGCAGAAAGUGCUUUAGUUAUAAUGGAGUGUUUAA